UUCGUUUUGCUCGCUCUUCUUCUCUGUAUCCUUAAUUUGUCAUGUACUCGCUGAUACUCCAUGGAAGAAAGUCUCUUGAGUUGCAGAAAUGGCUUCACUUGAGAUCUGUAGUGGACCUUCUUCGAAAUGAGUCUGCUUUUUCACCGAACCCUUCCCCAAAUCCAUUGUCUUCUCUCUCCAACUCGUUCUCCUCUGCUAGUGUUGCUGCAUCUGAUGUGAACCUUCAAGAUGAUCAAAAAGGUAACAACUUUACGGUCUCUUACCUCGUUGGUUCAUUGGGUUUAAGUACCAAACUCGCUGAAUCAAUCUGGAGGAAAGUCAGCACUGAGGGCAAAGCUAAUCCAGAUUCUGUUCUGAAUCUUCUUAGGAGUCAUGGCUUCACAGAUUCUCACAUCUCCACCAUCGUUACAAACUACCCACGACUGUUCAUAUUAGACGCUGAGAAGACCUUUACUUCCAAUCUCAACUUUCUCCAGUCCAGAGGAGCUUCAACCUCUGAGUUCACUGAGAUUGUUUCCAAUGUUCCGAGAAUCUUGGGAAUGAGAUGGCACAAAGCAGUCGGCAGAUACUACGAUUUCGUCAAAGACAUCAUCGAAGCAGACAAGAGCUCCAACUACGAAAUGUCAUGUCUUUCUUUGCCACAAGGUACCUGCCAGGAGAACAUUAUCAGAAACGUGUUGGCUCUGAGACUAUUGGGCGUGCCUCAGAAGCUCUUGUUCUCCUUGCUCACCUCCAACUUCCAUGUUGUAUCCGGAAAAGAAAGAUUUGAAGAAUCCCUCGAGAAGAUUGUUGGGAUGGGUUUCGAUCCGACCAACUCAAAGUUUGCCAAAGCUUUGUGCGUUGUUUACCAAAUGAGCGACAAAACAACGGAAGACAAAGUUAAUCUCUAUAGAAAUUUAGGCUUUACUACGGGAGAUGUGUGGGAGAUUUUCAAGAAGAAUCCAUUGUUUAUGGCACUUUCGGAGAAGAAUAUACAAAACUCCUUUGAAACAUUUAUAAGCCUAGGAUUCAGCAGAGAUGAGUUUGUGACAAUGGUCAAACACUGUCCUCAGUGCAUUGGGUUAUCUGCAGAGUCUGUGAAGAAAAAGACUGAGUUUUUGGUGAAGGAGAUGAACUGGUCACUCAAGGCUGUUGUUUCGAACCCUGCAGUAUUUGGAUACAACUUGGAGAAGAGGACUGUCCGAAGGUGUUAUGUGAUUAAAGCUCUCAUGGCUAAAGGACUGCUUGGAACUGAACUCCCUCCGUUGUCGCCUGUGUUGGCGGUUACUGGUGAAGCUUUCUUAAACAAGUAUGUGAUGAAGCAUGAUGAUGACAAGGAGCUUGUGGCUGAGUUGAUGGCUAUCUUCACCGGAGAUCGUGCCUCUUAGAUCUUCAUACACAUUCUUGCAGGUUGUCUUAUCGUACGUGUUCUUAGACUAUAUAUUACUUCAGAAAUUCUUGGGAAUUAUCAAUCUUGAAAACGUCCAUCCUUUGUUACCCGCUUGGCUAUUACUCCUGCGAUGAAGUUUAAGGUCUGAUCCUGUGAAUCUUGUCUCUGUAAACGGACCAACCUUAAGGCUUCAAAAUCCGACGCAAUCAAGGCUCUUUAGAAGCGAUGCAUAACUCAAAAGAUAUCAAACAAAAGCAUAACGGGAAUGAAAUCUUCUUACCUCUCCUGUGUUAUGAUCUCUUCCUAAGCCAGCCAUUUGAAACCAUGAAGAAGUGUAGACUACUCAUAAUGUGUAUACAAUGGUGAUGGUGAAUUUUGAUUUGUAGGCUUUAGUCAUCUCAGAGUCAGAAGCAUAUAAACGAUGUCAUUUUGUGCUACUGUUGCAGUACAGAUCAAGGCUUUGUUUUCAAGAUUUUAGAUGAUUUUUGAAACACGGUUAGUUUUAAACGUUAAACACCAAAACAGUAUAUUA